UAAAUAUAAAAAAUAUAAAUAAAGAAACAUAAUUAUACAAAUCGUGAAACACAACAAUAUACAUCGCGUAAUUUCAAAACGGAUCAAUUCCAUUCUUAAAGGCGGCCAGUAGGAGAACAAAAAAAGUUUUUUUGGGUUGAAUAUUUUUGUCAAAAUUUACAGAGGUUUUUAGAGAUGAAGAUCACAGCGUUGAUGGUGUUGAAAUGCAAUCCAGAAGGUUCGGAUCCAGUGAUCUUAGCGAACGCAUCUGAUGUGAGCCAUUUCGGGUAUUUUCAGAGAUCCAGCGUUAAGGAAUUCAUCGUUUUCGUGGGUCGGACCGUCGCUAAACGGAACCCGCCGGGCCAACGCCAAUCCGUUCAGCAUGAAGAAUACAAGGUACAUUCAUACAAUCGAAAUGGUUUGUGUGCUCUGGGUUUCAUGGAUGAUCACUAUCCAGUUCGAAGUGCAUUUUCACUGCUCAACCAGGUUCUGGAUGAGUAUCUUAAGAAUUUUGGUGAGUCAUGGAAAACCGUGCAAAGCGACAAUGCUCAACCAUGGCCUUAUCUGAAUGAAGCUCUAGCCAAAUUUCAGGAUCCUGCUGAGGCUGAUAAGCUCUUCAAAAUUCAGAGAGAGUUGGAUGAAACUAAAAUUAUUCUCCAUAAGACAAUUGACAGUGUCUUAGAACGGGGUGAGAAGCUAGACAGUUUGGUUGAGAAGAGUUCAGAUCUAAGUGCUGCUUCACAGAUGUUCUACAAGCAGGCGAAGAAAACCAAUUCAUGCUGUACGAUCUNUCUCGAAUUCUUUUGGUUCUCUGCU